AUUUAUGCUAAUGGCGAACAUACGUUGACAAUGGUUUUUCUUUUUAACUUAAUAUUAUUUACAAGUUUUGGAAUAAUUUGUGGUCAAAGCGAUGUGACAGUAGUAAACAGAAAAAAUGUGCUGUUAAGCAGAAGAAAACGAUAUUUACUCUUUCCACCUGGGAGCAAUAUGGCGAUAUCUAUGGCAGCUGUGAAAGCCUUAAUGAGACCUCAGCCAACAGGUUGGAAUGUUUUAGGAGAAAUGGAUUGUCCUUUUGCUCUUCCAUCUGAUACACGAAUAUUGAGAAGAUCUGGUUGGAUAAAAAGAAACAAAAGAGAAAUUUAUUCUACUUUGGAUCGAGCACUGACUAUGUAUGGUUAUAAUGGAACAGCAUGUAUUACAAAAAUGAUGUGCGACGCUAAGCAAUAUAUGCCAAUGAAAGGAAAAUCCAUGAUGAAAGAUAUUCUACUGCUUAUAUUCGAUUAUUCCAAGGAAAAUUUCAAUAACGAACAAUUGUGCACCGACGAUUUGGAGAAGAAAUGUUCAAUAUCAAUUAUGGAACAUGUCCUUCUGGAAGUUAGUCCGCAUUAUGAAUAAAAUGUUAAAUAACUCUACAUAAAAU